GCAGAACAUGCAAUCGUCCUGGAGAUAAGCCGCUAACCUACAACUAUGCCAAGAGCGAAUUUCAGCGAGCAUCUUUUUAAACAAUCGGCGGCGCCAAAACACCAGAGCAAAGGGCGCGCAGCAGCCAAGAAGCAAAACAAGAAGGACAACACCACAGCGCACACACACACCACCACCACCACCACGAACGAACAGACACACUAGCACAGACGGUCCACGAUGCAGUGUGAGAGGCGAGAACCGCAGGGUGUUGUGGACACGUUGCUGUUGCUCAGGAAGCCGGCGAUAGCCUCUCGCCAGCAUGAGCAACAGCCACCCUGGUCAUCGUCAGCGCGUCGCGCCAGGCUCAAGGCGGGGCUGCUGCGCAGCACCAAUGGCGGGAAGCGAUCCGCAGCACUUCGCAACGUGGCUGCCCACGGCGCCAACAGCCAGCACCAACAGCACCACCACCAACAGCAGCUGCAGCAGCAGCAGCGACGCGUGCGACCGCACGCUCAGUCUGUCCGCCACCGGCAGCUACUGGCAGCAGCAGCAGCAGCCAGAGGAGCAGCACUGGGGCGUGUAGCGAACAGCCGCGCUUGUGUGCAUGCACGCAAGCGAGAUGACGCACGAUCCUCCCCACCAACACCCGUCAACCUGGCGGAUAGCCACCGUGCUGAGGUUGUUGCUGGUGGUGAUGAUCAAGAUGUCGCCAGCACCAACGGCACUGCACAGAAUGAGAACGCACUGCCGACCAGUCUCCAACGGCACCAGGGCCGCCACCAGCACCAUGAAAACAGCAAGGAUGUUGACAGAGACGACGACCAAAGUCGUUGCAAUGGAGGAUUCGGCACAAAUAACGACAGCGUCACAGUUGAGGACAUGGGCGAGCACUCUGUCUUGACACCGCCACGUCUCAUCAAGCAACAGUCGGCCCGCAACCUGUCACUUGAUCUCGCGUCAGCUCAGCAAGAUGAACGAGCGCAAGAGACGCUCUGCAGCUCCACACCAACUGCCAUCACGCAUACCAACACGCUGCCCUCACCACCACGACGUCGUGGCAUGCAGUUGGAGGCGAUGCGGCUGCUGUCAUCUCGUCUCCUCACUGCACACCACACCCAACAACAAGAACAACAACAAGAGCAACAACAAGAACAGCAGCAGCAGCAGCAGCAGCAGGAGCAGCAGCACCAGCACCAGCAGCAGCAGCAACAACAGCAGCACCAGCAGCAGCAACAACAACAGCAACAACAACAACAACAACAACAGCAACAGCAGCAGCAGCAGCAGCAGCAACAGCAGGAUGCUUGCAACACGCGCGGUGAUGAUGAUGGGGAUGAUGACGAUGACGCUGAACCGGCAUGCAAGAAGCGCAAGAGCGCUGAUGCCUGUGCCAUCUGUACCACCAGCAUUGUUGCAUGCAAGCAAACCUUCAGCGCUAUCCCGACACACGACACCACACCAUCACCCUCGUCAUCUUCGUCGCAUUCGGCAACCUCGGCAGCAUCAUCGCCUCUGUGUUUCAGUGAGCAGGGCUCCGUGACCACCUUGACCGACACAGUAGACACGAUGUAUGCGCGCUUGCAUCAACAGCGUGACCACCCCCUGAUGCCCCCACGCCUCGCUGGCACGAGUGGAUGCCACGCACAUGUACGCACCGCACUGGAGGUGAUGGAUCGUGGCAGCGGUUGCGACGAUGACAACAACACGAUUGACAGCCGUGUGGGGGAACAUUGCGUGGUGGUGGCUGGCAUUGCUGCACACGAUCAUGAGAUGGGUGUAGUUGGCGCUGGCGAUGUGUAUGCGACCAGUGAUGAUGUGAGUGAUGAUGUGAGUGAUGAUGUGAGUGAUGAUGUGAGUGAUGAUGGAAGUGAUGACAGUGAUGGGACGGACAGUUUCGUGUGUGACAGCGAUGAUCGACAGGAGAGUAACAACACGACCGAGAGUGAAGAAGAAGAUGACGAUGAUGAUGAUGAUGAUGAUGAUUUGGGGGUGUGCCUUCCUGUCACGGAUGCAGCAUUGUGCGACGCAGGCGUGUACAUUGCACGUGAUGAUGAUGAUGAUGAUGAUGAUGAUGAUGAUGAUGAUGAUGAUGAUGAUGAUGAUGAUGAUGAUGAUGAUGAUGAUGAUGAUGAUGAUGGUGAUGAUGAUGAUGAUGAUGAUGAUGAGUUGUAUGCAAGCACGCCGUCAUCAGCACAGCUUCCAGACGCCGCGGGAGAAGAACACGAUGAAUGA